UUUUACAGAAACAGUGUUUUACUGUAUCUGAAAAAGUAACUCCAGUUUUGCUUGCUGCUACUUUUUAGAUAUAUAUUUGUUUGAUACAGGAAAAGGAUUGAGGGACCUCACUUUUCAAGUUGGGAUGCAUCACAUCAAGGAACUAGUUCAAGUAAAUUUCCUCUAAUCUCUUUGCUGGUGUCAGACAUGGUUAAUUUAUAUGUAAAACUAAUUUUAUUUUAAAAUAUGCCGAUAAACUAAGGAAUAAAUGUGCAAAUCUUCCAAUUUGCAAGUUUACCAAUUACAAGAAAAAUUUAGUACUGAUUAUAAUUGAAAGCAAACUAUAUGACACGAAGCCUCCACAGCUCAUACGCUUUUUUUUUUUUUAAAUUCCUUUUGUACUUCUGAGGCCAGAUAGAUAUGGCAGUGCUGGAAAGUGAACUUAUUCAAGGCGAUACUUGAAGACGUAGUGAUGCUUUGUUCUUUUCUCCUAAGUCACUUCCAACCCAAGUCUCCCCGCAAGUACUGUCCCAAGUUCAGGUCACUGUGGUGUAAUAUAUAUGCCAACAACCUCUGUUUGCAAACCUAAUGCUUAUUCCACAUCCUUCCAUGAUUAAGUUUUAUAAUAAUAAAGGUUGGAGAAUUGCAGGGGUGUAAUUGAACCUAUCUAUAUAUCUCUAAGUUUCAAUUUUAUGUCAUGCGUUAUUUUCAGGUACUGUCCAUAGUUAACACCUGCCUUGAUGGCCCAGCAAGGUCUGCUCAUCUUCUUACAUUUGCUUAAGAGAUUUUUUGAAUUGAUCAGUUUGUUUAGCCACCUUCAAGAACAAAAUUAUUUUUGUUUGUUGAUUUUAGUCAGUCUAGUAUUCUAGAACGUUCAUGCUACCUGUUACAGCUCCAAACGUUUGACUGGAGAGGGAAAUAAUAAUUAACAUUUAUAGCAAGCCUAUGGGCUAAAGACUCUACUAAUAAUUUACAUAUAUAAUACGUAAAAACUGCCUCAACUGGAAUCAAGCUGUACAACCUUUUUUGUGCCUUACAUGCAUCACCUUUAAGUGGGAAUAAUACUAAUACCCAUCUUACACCAUCUCAUGAAGACUGAAGAUCAAAUGGGUCAAUGCACCUAACCACAUGUUAAACAUAUGAGAAGUGUUUAAUAAGUAUCAUUGCAGUCAAUAUGUUCAUGAAUUUACAUCUCAGGGAAACUGGGGCAAUCUAAUGUCAAAUUAGAUUGUCUGAUGGUAACAAUGCUUCCAAGUGGCACAAGGAAGAUUUAUUAAUCAUCCAAGCUGAUACCUGGGCCUGUGUUCUUUGCCAACUGAAAUUAUAAUUGGAUGAUGUUAUUAAAUGCCUUCAAAUAAUUAGCAUUUUCAACUUAUUGAUGCUAUUAAAAACUGAAAUGCCUCAAAAUUAAAGCAAAUCAUACUCUUUUAAAAAAAGAUACAAACUAUUCUUUCUGUAAAGGAAAAAAAUUAAAUUUUAUUUAAAUUAUAACCAAAGAAAGCUCUUCUGUAUUCUAUCAUCCAUUUAGAACCUAUCUAAAACUUUUCCUAUCUAAAAUCUAUCUAAAAUUUACAAACCAUAUAAAACUAAUCUGUUUAGGUCAAUAUGGCUUUUGGAAUCAAAGCAACUUCUAUGGAGGAAAUAUCUUUUAGUGGUUGUGGUAGCUGUAAAGUUAUACAAACAUGUUUGGGGUACAUUUGUAUUUGAAACUGGUAAUAUUUUUAAGUUACAUUGCAUGGGUUUCUAUUCCAUGUAUUGUAUUGUGCCUUGUAACUAAACUUAUCCUGAGGUUUUAAGAUAUUCCUUAGUUUGGGGAAACUUGAAUUUUGUGAACAAAUACCAUAUACCAAAAAAUGUUCUCUAGUCAAAUAAAUUUGGGAAAUGUUCAACUAUAUAAAAAUGUCUGUAUAGUAUAACUUGCUCAGACUUUGAACAUUCUGAUGUGCUUUUAUGAUCUCCAAUAUUCCCAAAGUUAUUUGACCAAGAAAAAUGUUUGGAUCAAGUGUUCUAAGAAUCAUAUUUAUGGGAAUGAUGUUCCAUUCAUCCAACAUGUGAUUUUAUAGACUUUGAUCUGAAUGCCCUUCUCUCAGCCUUUCAUUUCUCUACUGAGAGUGUUAAUGGUUUUAGUUAUGUGGUGGCUUAUCAGUCUCUUGAUCACUGCAGCUGCCUCUGGGGCAAUUUGCCCUCUGAAUGAUAGGACACAUAAUUCCAGGCUAAUGUACUGAGUGUUGUUCCCAGGCUCAAUUUGUUAGCACCCAGCCUAUUAACCUUUGGAGGUCACAGCAGCACACUAUACUGACUUUCUUCUGAGAAUAUUUUGUAGUGCCUCACAGUAAUUCAGAAUAUCACAUGCUAUCUGCCUUCUCUUCCGCUGGAAUUACUUUCUUUCAAUGUCAGUAUGACCAAUAAAGUUUUGUUUUUAUUCAAAAGAAAUGUAAAUGUCAACAUGUUGGUUGUUGCUAGGACCUAUCUAUCUAUGAAGUUGAGAUGGUCUUAAAACCCUUAACAGUUGGAUCCUGCUUUCAAAAUGUGUGUGUGUGCUCAUUUUUAUUUUUGUAUUAGAAUUUACUGGGGGUUGUAUUUCUAAACCUCUAAAAGAAGAGGCAGAACACUUGUAUUUGCUAAAUGAUAAGAGUGACAAAAUAUAUAGCUAGAGACUCAUGUAUUUUAGACAAGUAGAAAGGAACAGCAGCUUGAAACAGCCCUGGUAUUUGUAAGAAAUUUUGGUUUGAAUAUGAUAAUAAUGGUACUAUUUGCUAGAAUUGGAUACAUGGGGUGUAGCAACUGAAUGAGAAGAAAUUCACGGUAACUCAUAACUUUUGAGUGUACAGAAGAGGUGAUAUUGCCAUAUAGAAAGUAGGGGUUGGUUAUGGAGAAAUAAUUCUAUCGUAAGUAAGUUGAAAAAUGAGAGAGUACAUCCAGGUUAAAGGGGGACCAUGUGAGAGAUUCAGAGUCAUAAUCACUUGGGAAACGAAUGAAUAACUAUGAUGCCUAUUUAUCAGUCACAAAAAUGUGACCAUAUUUUUUUUUUUGAGACAGUCACCUUAUGUAGUUAACCAAGAGCUUAGCUGAACUUACUAUAUAGCCCAGGCUGGCCUGAACCUUGCUCAGCCUCUGGCAUGGUGGAAUUACAGGCAUGCACCAAUAUACCCAUUUUAAGACAGUAGUUUUUAUUCCUACUUUCCUUUUAGGGCAUAGGCAGAAAAACAGUGCAAGGGGGAAAAAUCAGAUUCAGGAUGGUGCCCUCCCCCCAAAAAAAGACUAGAUUUAGCUUCAUUCCUUUAUUUUUGUCUUCUCAUUCCAUAUCAUGAUUGGCAUUUGGUUUGUUCUAGACAGUAUCACUUUGAAAGUUCUAACCAUCUCCCAAACUAUGUUUCAUUUUCUUUAUCACUAAAAGGUACUUAUUGGUCUUUAGAGUGGGACAGCUAGCCACUGAUGUAUUUGUGCUCUGUAAAGUUAGUAAUACAGUAAAUCUGUAUCUUGAUGCUAUGAGUGGUUUCUAUGAGAUUCUAUUCAUGAAAAAUGCAUGUGAAAUUAUGAGAUCCAAAGCUGUGCAGGAGACUAUUACAGAGAAGUUCCUUACCACCCAAAACUGAGAACUGUAAGGGCAGAGAGAUAUUUUUGACCUUUUGGUUUGUAGAAAAAAAAUUUACAACUAUGUCUCUGAAUAAAAACAGGCUACUGUGACAUCCUGCUUAAAUGAAACAGGGAGCUAGAUUGAUGACUAUUAUUUGCUUUCAGAAAGUCAUAAAACUACACUAAAUAUCUUUCCUAAAAUGAAAUCUCUUUCUGGAUAUGCCUUGCUAGUAUAAAUGACUUUUAAAUAAAAUGACAGAUAUUUCCUUUUUCCUUAUAACAAACUUAGUCUCAUUUUAGAAAGCCGCACACAUUGAGAAUCUUUUUAAAAUGUAAACUGCUUGGGAGUUUCUUUUAUCUGAGGACUAUGGCAUUCAUGUGUUCAUUUAAUCACUAUCUUUCUGCCAAAACCAUGUCCCUGCUACACUUUUGUGUAUUUUCUAUUGCUAACACACUGCUGAAUAAUGCUUUGUAAAUACAAAAGAGAGACCAGUGCCCAGCCUCCUGCAGUUCUCAUGUUAUCUCCCCACAGAACUUAGAGAAUUCUUGAGUGCUUUUCCAUAGAAAGUUAACAUUAGCUCGGCUUUGCUUGAGUGUCACUUCAGUUUUCAUUUUCAAAAAGCUUAAGAAACCAUUUGAUAUGUUUAGGUUGUACAAGUAGAUAUGUGCGAGGUUUGGUUCUGGUUGGUGGUUGCUAGUCCCAGGUCACCUUGCUCACUAGUGAGUUCAUCCAAACCUCAAAAGUCACACCUGUGUCCUGUGCGCGGAUGCUGCAGGCUUAGGUGGAGAAAAGCAGGGCUAGAAUUGGAACCCAAAGCCCAGAAUGGCAAGAGAGGAUGUGGGGGCUCCACCCGAUCAUCUCUGGGUUCACCAAGAAGGUAUCUACCGCGACGAAUAUCAACGCACAUGGGUAGCUGUGGUGGAAGAGGAGACAAAUUUCCUAAAGGCUCGAGUCCAGCAAGUUCAGGUUCCCUUAGGUGACGCAACUAGGCCAAGUCACCUUCUUACAUCCCAACUACCUCUCAUGUGGCAACUCUACCCAGAGGAACGCUACAUGGAUAACAAUUCUCGCUUGUGGCAGAUUCAGCAUCAUUUAAUGGUCAGGGGAGUACAGGAACUGCUGCUUAAACUUUUGCCUGAUGGUUAACCUGGUGCUGGAAUUCUUGGAAGAUACACUCCUCUGUUCUAUUCAUUAUAUGGCAAUCACCUCAUUCACCACUGCAGUGCUCC